GUAUAAUUUUCUUACUAUAACAUAUGUUGACUCUCCACAACUCUUACAGAGGCAUUCCCAGAAACCUCCAUCGUAAAUAAGAACCUCAUUCCUCUUCCUCUCGAAUAUUAGAAUCUCUCUCUCUACACCCACCACCACCACCACUUCUAUAAAGCGAAAACGUCACAAGAAAAAGAAAAACCCAUAAACAGAGUAUAUAUAACAUCCUAUACACACAUGUAUAUAAUCAUGUCAAUUACAGACCCUUGGCCUAAAUUCUAACAAACCCAUUUCAGAUCAUUGUUUUUGCUCCAAACCCAUUUCGUUUCGUCAUUUCUCAUCGCCCAAAUCAUGAAAAGAAUUAGAGGUUUCAGGUUACGAACAAAGCUGGUAAAGGCCUUCAAAUGGGUCGUCCAUGGAAGGACAAAGCGAGCAAGCAGUCGACGCUUAAGCUACCAGAACUCUGCGAUCAAAGCCAUGUCCAAGCUCUGCAAUUGGGGUCGUUCUCUGAAGCAUGGAGCUAAGUUGCUCUGUUCUUCCAAUACCAAUUCGGGUUACAGUCGGGUGGGGCAAGACCUGAUUGACGCAAAACCAGUGGGUGUACCGAAGGGUCACAUGGCGGUGUACGUGGGCGAGAAAGAAGAUGAAACGCAUCGUUUCUUCGUGCCUGUGGUGUACUUUAAUCACCCACUGUUUGGGGACCUGUUGAGAGAGGCAGAGAAGGUUUACGGGUUCAAUCAUUGCGGGGGGAUCCAGAUACCAUGUCGGAUAUCCGAAUUUGAACGUGUCCGGACUAGGGUUGCCGGCGGCGGUGGUAGUGGCGGUGGCGAUUACUGCCCUGGGUGGCGGAGCUGAGGGGUCAGUACUGCUGUGGGAGAAGUGGUUAGAAUAUUGUGAGGGUGAUUUUGAGAUUGAUAUUUGCCAAACUAUUUUUACCCUCAGUUGUAGUUUGAUUGUAGGCCUUGUUUUCAACAUACAUGUAGAAAAUUUAGUUGUGUAAAUCAAAGUUUUUAUUUUAUUAUUA